UUUUUAGCAAGACUCAACGAUAAAAGGAAAUCAGGAAAUCUUGUUGUUUUUAAAUAAUACUAUUCGACAAGUCAAGUGGACAUUUUAUCAUGUAAUACGAAUCUCUCUCUCUCAAAUAGUAAGAUUGGUUCCACUAACAUUUGACACGUUACAUUUGCAUAUGAUAAUCAGCUGUUUGAUCAUAUGGUGACAUGAAAAAUGAGAAUUAUGGUCAACAUGGAAGACAUGUGAAUACUGUGUUAUACACAGUCAUAAGCACAGUUUGAUAUUUGUGAUAAUAAAGUUAAAGUGUCAUGUUAUUGUUACAAUUUAAUAAUAUAUUACUGUAUUAAUACUUUAUUGCUAUUAUGUUUAUAUUGUUUGAGAGAGAGAAAGAGGAUUAAUUUGCAAUAAUUACCUAUGACUUUAUCCUCUUCAUAAAUUUCUAUCAUUUUUUAAACAAGAGUCAAAGAUAAUUUUAUAAAGUACAUGCGAUGUAUACAAAUAUUUAAUAAUGGAAGCUGUUAACAACCUGGAGCAAUUUCUUACUGACACCUGGGCUGAUAUUGUCCAUCUUGUACAUGGGUCUGCAGUUUAUAUAGAUCAUGCAGCGACAGAAUGCUUGCAUUGGUAUACUGGUGGCAAAACAUAUUCCUUCCUUAAAGACGCUGGUGCAGUGUCAGUUUAUGAGCUGGCCAUGUAUAAUUUUCGUUAUGCUAAAGUGAAGAAUUGCAAGAAAGCAAUGAUUAUUUCAACCUCCUCCAAUCCAGCUUUUUAUCAACGCACAGUUAAGAUGAUAAUGGAGAAAAAUAUAUUUGAUUGUUGUACAAUUGUCACUGCUGCACAUUCAAGUGUAUUGAAUUAUGAAGAUACAGUACCAUUAGAAGAUAAAAUAGAUUAUGCCAAGUUGAAGAGGGAUGUAAAAUGCUGGAUGUGUUCCAAUCUGCAAUCACAGGAUUGUUCGGUAGUUGUACUAUUUCGACCAAUUUUUAUUAGUUUAAUAGACAAUGAUCUAUUGGUGACACCACCUUUUGGUGAUCUAUCGCCAACUUUGAAUAACACUUUAACAAAGGAUUCUGAGUAUGCAGUCGAUCAUUUUGUAAGUUUAUUUCACAGCUUGUUCACAUAUUUAAAUUUAAAAGAAGAUGUUUAUUCCAUGGGAAGAUUUAGUGAAUAUGUUGCUGAAAAAUUGGAAAUAUUACCUGCAGCUGUUAAUCGUAGGAAUAGUUUAAUUGGUGCAGAAGGAGUGUCUUUAAUCUUUGUCGACAGAACAUUAGAUCUUUGCACUCCUACCAGUAACAAUACGGAAUCGUUAUUGGCCAAGAUAUUAUGCACUUUGCCUCAUUUAUCUCAUCAUUGUAACGAUGUUGCAAUAAAUAUGUCUCCCCUGUUUUGCAAUCCACAGGAAGCCUCACAACUUAUCGACGAAGUACCAGGAUGUUUGGCUAGCAACGACAAAAGUUUGACGAAUGUAUUAAUUACGAAAAAACAAAAGGAAGUGUUGACCACCGCAAAUAAAAUGCUUGUCGAUAUUCUAUUAACGAACGAAAAUCCGAAACUGAAAGAAAAUCUAAGAUCGAAAUUAGCAACGAGAAUUUCUGUGCAUAGCUUAGAGAAGCUUGUAAAUAGAUUUAAAGACAUAGGUGAUCUUCGUGCAAUAUCGGAGUUGAACAAGAAACUUCAAGUGAUAUUGGCAAUUAUACAAGCCUUAACGUCCGAGAAAACUUCUCAAUUAGAACUGUUAAUUAGUCUCGAGAAGUUAGUUCUGCAGAACAUUGCUAUAAGUCGUGAAUCUACUAGCGUGCUAGGGCAAUUCAGUAAUAUAGUAAGAACACGCGAGAAACGAGGCCUAGAUACAGACAACAUACUGGCGCUUUUAGUGCAUAUUUAUGCGCUUACUGGGACUGAGAUACAGUUCUCUUCUCAGCAAGAACAACAGUUGAAGGAAUCUAUUGCCGACGCUAUAUAUGAGGACAUGAUGAAAUUAAAUGAAAAUGUGAUGAACAAGAUGUCAGUCUAUCAACAAACUUUAUUGCUUUUUGGUGUUGCUGAUGAUGCUGAGGCUAUGAAAGAGAUCUCUGCGAAAGUGGCAGGAAGCAUCAUGAAUGUGUUACACGAAAUAGCACAGCAACGCACAUAUUUACAUAAUUACACCUCCUUGAUAUCAAAGUCGAGUUCCCAAGAAAUUGUUCAACGUGUUGGUAUUUUACAACAAUUAUUAAGGGAUAUGCUCCAUCCAGAGAGAUAUGAGCUACCAGAUUUACAUCAAAGGUCACCUUCAUUUAUUUCUGCUGGAUUCAAUUUAUUCUCCAAAGGCCGAAUGAAACAUCAUCCCUGUGACAAUAAAUGGAUUAUUGUUUAUGUCAUGGGAGGUAUAACACCAGAGGAAGUAAGAGAAACCAAGGAAAUUAUAUCAAUAUUUAAACCAAAUUGUCAGAUAACAAUAGCAGGCUCAAGACUGUUAAAUCCAUUGGACAUAGUGGAUAAAGUUCUUCUAUCUUCAAUUGAUUACUGA